AUGUCUUACCGGCAGCCUUAUGAGCACCGUCCAAUCCAGACAAGCGCCGUGAUCGUGCUCGGUGCUCACAAAAGCCCGGCCAAUCCACCUCCGUCACCCCCGACUCCGAGCGUCUCCCCGGACGAUGGCCCUCUCUGCGAGCCACCCGACCCCUUCACGCUAGGCGAGCAGCAAGGGUCCCGACAAGCUGAAGCAAAGGCGAGGCGGCUAUCGCGUGCCCUACACGUCCUAUCAACAGAGGCUGCGGCGCUGGAGAAUUUGUCUCAACUAUAUGAGACAGACGGUGUUGCUCAGGACGGCUUCAACAGAGCCGUCGAGGCAAUCACGCGCCAGAGCGCUGCCAAUGGCAAGCUCGUCGUCAUCGGUGUCGGCAAGUCGGGGCACAUCGGAAAGAAGUUCGUGGCGACGCUGCAGAGCCUCGCCAUUCGCUCCGUCUUCUUGCAUCCGACCGAGGCUCUCCACGGCGACCUUGGAAUUGUCGGCCCCCAGGACACACUGCUCUUUAUCACCUAUUCCGGAAAGACUCAGGAACUCUUGCUUCUCCUGCCCCAUCUUGAUGAGUCCUUACCGACCAUUGUGCUCACCUCGCACACGCGACCAGAGACGUGCGAGUUUAUGAGGCACCGCCCCAACGCCAUUCUGCUGCCGGCCCCGAUUCCAGAGGCCGAAAAAGUCACCUUUGGCGUAUCGGCGCCGUCAACUUCGACGACAGUGGCUCUGGCCCUGGCCGACUCCCUGGCCAUAACCGUCGCAAAUGAGCUACACCAAAAUGUACCGGCCGAGUUUGCGAGAAACCACCCCGGCGGUGCCAUCGGCGCCGCCACGAGGGUGCCGCAGACACUCAAGCACCUGGCCGUGUCUUGGGAAGAAAUUUCUGGGUCGGCGGACUUGACCUUGGACAGUCUGGGAGUCGACCUCUUGCGGGCAGGAUUCGACUCCAAGACGGGCUGGGUGAGGGUUCAAAACGGCGUCGCCACGCCUAGCGGGAUCCGGCAACUGUCCAGCGCCGAGCUCGGGCAACCGCUACGGGAUCUGCCAGGAGUCGUGUUGGAAAGGCGCGGCAUGAUCGCCAUGUCCUCGGACACGCCCAUCCGGCAGGCGGGUGAGAUGCUGCGCGCGAUGCAACCGCAGGACGCAGACGCGGCAGAUGAAGAGGGGAGUUGCGGAUCACGCUCCGUCAUCGCGGUCACGGAAAGCGGCAGCAUCGUCGGCGUUUUGGAGGCGCAAUGCAUUUUGGAUUACCAAGCAGCAUGA